CCUUCUUUCACCAUCUUUUCCUGGCUGCUUGAUCAGCCAGGACAUAAAUCAACGGUGCCGACAAGAUGUCGUCGAGACCGCCACCUGGCCAUUUUACACUGCUAUACUUUGCAUCUGCGACGGCAUUUUCCAAAAAGGCGUCUGAGCACUUUGAAUCGCCGCUACCGCUGACAAAGCUCUUCGAAUUGCUCGAGAGCAAGUAUCCUGGGAUAAAAGAAAAUGUUCUGCACAGCUGCGCUGUGACGAUCAAUUUGGAUUAUGUGGACCUGGACUUGGACCAAGGUGCUGAUGCAGAGCCAGUCAUGAUCAAAGAAGGCGAUGAAGUUGCAAUUAUACCCCCCGUCAGCUCAGGCUGAAAAAUGCGUCGAGAAAACUUUAAAUUCGAGUCU